AUGGUUAAUGGAAGUGCGGUGACCUGGUUAAGAGAAAGAAAAGAUUCACUGCCUCCUCUCGACUGGCUAACAAGGAUGAAGAUAGCACUUGGAGCUGCAAAGGGUCUAGCUUACCUUCAUCAUAAAUGCCCCAGGAAAAUCAUUCAUCGUGAUGUUAAAGCAUCAAAUAUAUUGUUGGAUGAGAACUUUGAAGCAGUUCUUGCUGACUUAUCCUUGGGUGAAUUUGUGGAUUGCUAUGGUGAUGAUAUUGUCAUUCCGAUUAAAGGAACAGCUGGUCAUAUAGCUCCUGAGUAUCUUGCUAAUGUUAAAAGAUACAAUUCUCAAAGUCUAGAAUAUUAUUUUGAAAGAGAACUAGAGAUUGGACAAUUUUGUUCGCAACCAAUGCCAAAUCUGGUUCAUGUGAUUGGAUUUUGCCGGAUGCCAGAAGUACAAUUGCUUGUUUUCCCGUUGGUGGUCAAUGGAAGUGUCGAUUCAUGGUUAACGGAUGACAACGUUGAAGCAAUUGUUGCUGACUUCAAAUCAGCUAAGAUCAUGGACCGCAACGUGACUCAUAUUACCACUACCGUGACAGGAACAAUUGGUCAUAUAGCCCCCGAGUACCUUGCCAGUGGUAAGUGUUCAGAUAAAACUGAUGUUUUCAGUUAUGGAGUGUUUCUUCUUGAGCUCAUCACAGGACGGAGAAUUAUUGAUCUUAUUCACGUAGGCGAUGAGAACGACAGGAUGUGUGUUGAUUGGGUAAAAAGGAAUUAUGAGGAGAGAAGAUGGGAAUCAUUGGCUGAUAAUGAAGGUGGUGAUGAUUUCAUGGGAGCAGCUGGUGAAAGCCGCUGUUUACUGCACAAGAUACAACCCAGACAGACGUCCAAGGAUGGUGUCUAG